AUGUCUUGUGCCAGAGAAUCACCCGUACUGCUGGCAGCACCGGUCCAUGGUUCGGAGCUAGAGUGCAGUGGAUCCGAAGACACAGGCAAUCCAAAGGAGGAUGCUUUCAAAGCCCCAAUGGUCACAGAUGUGCGAACGGGCAGAGUGAUCGAACUACUGGUCUCGGGACAUUGCGUAUGGCAACUUGCCCCGUUCAACUUUGAGAAAUAUCCAGGAAUGCGUAUGAAUGUAUCACCUGAGAAGAUGGCGUGA